GUUUGACCACAUUUGAGAUGUGUUUGGGCUCGUUUAUUCGUCUCUAAGAGGAGGGCGGAACGGGUGGCCUGAUUUAGCACUGCUUUCCACAAAGUCUCGCAGACACGUCCCAUCCCCUUUUUUUAGGGUGGGUGGGGGAUACUUGAUCUCACAUGUAUUUGGACAGUUGUGUCGUUUGGUUGGUGGUGGGGGAAAGACACAGCUGCCUGGUUAACAGGACAUGCUGUGUGUGUGUGUGUGUGUGUGUGUGUGUGAGACAGCUAACCACCCACAAAGGCCAAGUAAAACUCGCAGAUGAGCCAACAGAGACAGUGAUGGAAACCAACAAGGCGAUGUCUGUGCGACGGGAACUGGGGCGCAGUGUGUGAGGAAGCCUCUGUGGAUCACCUGCUACGUGUUCGCCCUAACCUUCAGUGACCCUGCUGCCUACGUUCAACCCCCGUCUCUUCAAGAGGAGGCUGGGCUCCCUCCGGGCGCAAGAAACACCAUGUGCCAAAACUGGAGAGGACUUACCAUUGCCCCAUAGACAGCCACACCUCCCGUGAACCCGUCCCCUCCAGGACCACCCUAAUCCUCCACAUCGUCCACUGGCCAAGAUGACGAAGGUGGCGGCAUGGUCAGCAGAGGACGUCUCCGAUUGGCUGAGCAAGGAGGGGAUGCCGGAGUACAUAGAUGCCCUCCGUCGGACCGAUGGCCCGGCCCUGCUCAGGCUCACAGAGGCAGAUUUCAAUACGCCUCCCCUCUCGCUGGUGGCGUCUGACGGCGGGCAGCAGCUGUUGGAGCGACUGGAGACGCUGCAGAUAGAGACUCAUAUAGAGGCUCACAAAAACGGCCACGCAAACGGGCACGCCGGUGGGCUACCUAACGGAACUAGCAAGCCUCAGAGGAAUGGCACAUUGGGGAUGAAAGACUUCAGAAGGGAGAUGGUCAAGAUCCCCAUCCCUACAAUGGAGACUACACGGCCCUCGUUCCCCGCCGAGUGGGGCAAGACGGGCAUAGCGUUCUUCUACGCGGUGGUGUGCUUUGUCACCACCACCGUUGUCAUUUCAGUGGUCCAUGAGAGAGUACCGCCAAAGGAGCAUACCCCACCACUGCCAGAUAAGUUCUUUGACCUGUUUAACAGGGUGGAGUGGGCCUUCUCCAUCUGUGAGAUUAACGGCAUGCUGCUGGUGGGACUCUGGCUCAUACAGUGGAUGCUACUCAAGCACAGGUCAAUUAUAGGCAGGCGGUUCUUCUUCAUUGUGGGCACACUCUAUCUGUACCGGUGUAUUACAAUGUACAUCACCACUCUGCCCGUUCCUGGGAUGCACUUCAAAUGCUCUCCAAAGCUGCUCGGGAACUGGGAGGCACAGACGAGGAGAAUAAUGAAGAUGAUUGCUGGUGGGGGCCUAUCAAUCACAGGUUCCCACACCAUGUGUGGAGAUUAUCUGUAUAGUGGCCACACUGUCAUGUUAACACUAACAUACCUCUUCAUCAAGGAGUAUUCUCCCAAGCGGUUCUGGUGGUACCACUGGUUUUGCUGGGCGUUGAGUGCUGUGGGGAUUUUCUGCAUCCUUCUGGCACAUGACCACUACACUGUGGAUGUGGUGGUUGCAUAUUUUAUCACUACACGCCUCUUUUGGUGGUACCACACUAUGGCCAACCAGCAGUCGCUGAAGGAAACGUCACAGAGUAACCCUUUCUCACGGGUGUGGUGGUACAGACUGUUCCAAUACUUUGAAGCGAAUGUCAACGGCACGGUCCCUCGGAACUAUCAGCUGCCGUUGUCAUGGCGAGCGCUGCAGUGGAGCCGCGCUGUGAAGUACAGCAAAUUGGACAACCAGUGACCCUUAUCAUGUCGAAGCAGGCGAGGACUAUGACUUCCAUAAGUGCUGUUUUACCCAAGGAAUAUGGCACUGUUAAAUGUAGCGCGCUGUCCUUUCACCUGUAGUAACAGACACAUCCCUGUCCAAAUGGGUAGCACUGUGACCCACCUAGUCAUUUCUUUUGUUUGUUUGUUUGUGUGUGUGUGUGUACACAUAGACACACACAUACACACGUUAUUUUUGUUUUCUGUCAUCCAUUUUCUCUUCUGGUAGUAUUUGUCAACUCAGAGCACUAAUUUAUAUUUGUUUUGUGUCUUUUUCCUCUUUGUGGGCCACAUAACAUUUUCUGCUUUUGUAGCAGAUCUAUGAAGCAUUUCGACAAACUUUUAAAACUCAUUCUGGUUUUUGACCAUAAGGACUCAAAUAAUUGUUUUCCUCUCGCACAAAAUCCUAGUUAAUGUCUUCAUGUUCUUACAAGAUUUUUUAGUGCAGAUGGUGUCAGUCAAAUUUGAUAACCAAAAUGCCAUAAGCAUUUUUUUUUUGUUUUUGUUUUUUAUAGCAAAUUACUUUUUGUAAACAGUCCUUGCUAAAAUGAGUCAAAGGUGCAAAAAAAUAAUUUUUUUAAGUAUGUCAAACUUUAUUUUUCAAAAACAAAUGAUGUCCAAGAAAAGAUUUUUUAGAUUUUUACCUUUUUCAAGAUGGAUAACUGAGAGCAUAAGAAUCUAAUGUGGUAUAACAUUAUUCCAGUGCCUUUCUUAGCUUGAUUGUAAAACAGUUCAAGUACUAUGUGUCUUGUGUCUCUGUGCCGCAGGUGUGACCACACCGUGGUACGAGGUGGUACUUAGUUAACAGUUUCGUUCCCAUGAAUGUAAAAACAACUACGCCAGCCUUACCAGAAAAUUGGUUUUCCCAAAAUUAGUCAGUGAAAUGUCCCAUUUAUUUAUUGAUGCUUUAUGAUGUCAGUUUGUGUUUAGUUGGUUAAUGCUGUUCUAGAAUAAAAGAAUGACUGUUAAUUGUAUUUUUUUUAUGUCUGUAACAUUUCAUUUUUACCAGUCUUUAACCAACACCAGCCAUGUUCAAAGCCCGACCAUUGAUGCUCAGUCACCUGUGGACACCCUCACAUCUGCUAGCUUUACUUUCCACCACAUCAGUAUCUGCUAAGUGUCACUGCCUGAUUGGAAAUUGCCGAAUAAAUUUCUCCGAGGUGCAGAGUUAAGUUAUUCUGGACCUCACACUCGUGUGCAUCAUCGCUGCAUCUCUUUGCUCAGGAGAUAAUGAGCCCCUCUCUUGUUCCCCACAUGGAGUCCCAUUUCGAAAUCAGAAUGAUCCUCAUUCCUUGUCUUGUCUUGUAAUUAUUUUGAUGAGAUCUGGAGGUAAAUGUUCAAUGUAACACCUGUGUUGAGGUUAGGGAAUGUCAAAGUAGUCAAAUCAGAAGCUUUUGGCAGAGUUUCUGAGCAUGUCUGUGAUGGAUCUGUACUUGUUUUUGUAUGAAUUUUCUUGAACUAAAUCAAGCUGCUACUUUACAGUUUGAAGACAGCGUAUCUUCUACAUUGCCUCCUUCAGUGAAACGCCACAACAAUUAUUUUUACCAUAAGUAGCUCAACAUGGGACUUGCGUGCGGGGAACUGAAAGCUGAAGCAUGGUGCACAGAGCUGAUAUAUUUGGGCUUAUGUGUGCAAACAGGAUACCAUUGAUUUCCAUGAAUGUGAAAUGCGUCCUUAUUGAUGAUCCUAAUCAUGUACAUGUUGACUUUUUUUUUUAUUUUCUUUGCUUUUCUUUGUGUAACUAUGACUAAACUGUAAAGAAUUAAGUAUUGCACAAGUUCAUCUAUAGGGAAAGAUUUAACUCAUUAUGUGAAACUUUAAUUUCAAAUUAAACUGAUUAGUUUUGAUGAAGAGAAGCUGCACUAAACAUUAGAUUAUACAAUUUUCAAAUAAAUAAUGAUGUGAUUUAAUUUCUUUCAACAAUGUCAGAAGGAGGAGGUGAGAAAAUAACAUUAUUUUCAAUGUGAGCUUAUGAUACCUUUCAAUGCCAACUAGAGUCUUGAUGUUUAAGGACUAAUUACAGCACAGGCUUACCCUCCUCCCUGUAGCAUUGUCCAAUCAUUUCACUUUUACAGAGAAUGUUCUCCGCAGGUUCCUCACAUACGGCCAUAUUUUCAUUUGAGAUAAUGUUUGAAUUAAUGGUCCAAACGUAGCCCCCUGAUAAUGUUUGAGGGCUUCGAUAGGAAUAAAGGUUGGAGAUGUUUGUCUUCUAGUUUGCCAAUCAAGUUGGAUUUUCUUUUUGUCUCUUAAGAAAUGAAAGUUGGUUCUCCUGUUUGUUUUCUCUGUAAACUUCCCACCCACUUUGUCCCUUUUUUUUUUUUUGUGUGUGUAUACCAGGUGUUGAGAUAUGAUAAAGGAUUCCACUUGGGACGCUUUUGAAUAAAACAUUUUACUAUAAUGUAUUUGAUUUA